GACUUCACUGCAGAAGUUAAGAGAAGCCCGUGCGCGCAGGAAGUCGAAGAAGCACUUCUACUUCUCGUUACCAAAGAUUCGGCGGUGGGGCAACGGUGCACUGAGCAACGGUAAUCUGCGAUAAAAGUUCAUCGCAAAAGUGAAAAGUCAGUGCGCACCCACGAGUCAGACCACAGAGAGUGCGCGUUUCGCAAAGUGUUACGUUAGAUUACUUACAACAAAAAAAAAUGAGUGCAAAUAUGCGGCUCGCCUUCGUGGUACUCCUGGGUUGUCUAACGGUGGGAUCUAUUCACAGUUUAAUCACAGGUCCUGGCCAUGGAAAAGUUGUGGUUUGUUACAUUGGGACAUGGGCAGUCUACCGCCCGGGACGUGGUUCUUUCACUCUUGAACACAUCGACCCUAAUAUGUGCACACAUUUGGUUUAUUCCUUCGCUGGGUUGAAUACAACUCAUGAUUCUAUCCGAUCUCUUGAUCCUUGGCAGGAUUUGACUGAAGAUUAUGGUAAAGGCGGUUAUGAACGCAUUGUGCGCCUGAAAGACCGCUACCCCCAUUUAAAAGUGACGAUCGCCAUUGGUGGCUGGAACGAAGGCUCUGAAAACUAUUCAAAACUCGCUGCGGAUCCAAUGCGGCGCAGUAGAUUUGUGCAGAGUGCUGUUCAGUUUUUAAAGAAGUAUAACUUUGAUGGACUUGAUCUCGAUUGGGAAUUCCCAGGAAAACGUGGUGGAACUCCAGCAGAUAAACAAAACUUCUUGUUGUUGGUAAAAGAACUUCGUUCGGCUUUCAAUCCGUUUAAUUUCUUGUUAACGGCGGCGUUUGGCGCUGGAAAGGAUACAAUUGAUGUUGCUUAUGAUGUGGCUGGUUUAUCUGUUUAUUUGGAUUACAUUCAUAUGAUGUGUUAUGAUUACCAUGGCACGUGGGAUCAGAAAACUGGAGCGAAUGCGCCAUUAUUCAGUACUGAUGUUUACAGUGUGGAAUAUUCAAUCGAGUACAUGCUGCAAAUGGGUGCGCCGGCAACUAAAUUAGUGAUGGGUAUUCCACUCUACGGUCGCACCUUUAUUCUUCCGGAAAGCGUGGAGUCGGAAGCGCCAGCGUUCAAAAAACCGCAACGACUUGGUGAAAUUGCCAAGAGUGUCGGCUUUCAGGGACCGCUCACUCGCGAAAACGGUUUUAUGGGCUAUAAUGAAAUUUGCGUCGAGAUGCGGAACAAAACCGCUAGGUGGUCACAGCACUGGGACGAAAAAACACGCACUCCUUUCCUCGCAUUAGAAAAUAAAGUUAUUGCCUACGAUGACCCACGUUCCAUUCGGGAGAAAAUUAAAUUCGCCAUUUCCAAACGCCUCGCGGGUGCUAUGGUGUGGUCCAUUGAUACAGACGACUUUCAAGGUGAUUGUGUUGAACAGGGUUUGGAUUUCAAGAAUUUUCCGUUGAUGCGGUCAAUUAACAAAGCAAUUAUUGCUGAAUUGGAAGAAGAUAGGCGAAAUAAAGAGAAUGAAAUUCUUCAUGGCGAUGGCAAUAGUAAAAUUAGCAGUGCCAAUGUUAUACAGAAAAAUAUUUGGGUUUUACUUGUGUUUGUUGUGCAUUUGUUUGUAGUUAGGUAUUGAUUAUUAUUAAUUAAAUGGAUGUAGAUGUUA